AUGGCGGCAUCUGUGAUCUUAGUCACAGGUGGCACGGGCCUUGUUGGCAAAGGAAUCCAGAAGGUGAUCGCCGAAGAUGACCUCGCCAAGAACGAGAAGUGGGUCUUCCUGUCAUCCAAAGAUGGUGACCUUGUGGACAGGAAAUCCACGGAGGCCGUCUUCGAGAAGUACAAGCCCACGCAUGUCAUCCAUUUAGCUGCCCGGGUGGGAGGGCUCUUCCACAACAUGGCGAAGAAAGUGGAGUUCUAUCGGGAGAAUACCCUCAUGAACGACAACAUCAUGGAGUGCUGUCGUAUUUAUGGGGUCAAGAAGCUGGUCUCGUGCCUGUCCACAUGCAUAUUUCCAGACAAGACGACCUAUCCGAUAGAUGAGACCAUGUUGCAUAAUGGUCCGCCGCACAACUCCAACCUGGGCUAUUCCAUGGCGAAGCGUAUGGUAGACACCAUGAACCACUGCUACCACGAGCAGUAUGGCGUUCAGUUCACGUCGCUCAUUCCGACCAAUGUUUACGGCCCACACGACAACUUCAACAUUGAAGAUGGCCAUGUCAUUCCUGGCCUGAUCCACAAGUGCUACCUUGCGAAGCAGCAGAACAAGGAUAUGGUCCUUUGGGGCAGUGGAACGCCCAUGAGGCAGUUUAUUUUCUCCGAGGACCUGGCUAGACUUACAGUUUGGGUCCUGCGAGAGUACAAGGAAAUCGAGCCCAUCAUCCUCAGUGUGGGCGAAGAGGACGAGGUAUCCAUUGCCGACGUGGCAAAGAUGAUUUGCGAGGCGAUGGACUUCAAGGGGAACCUCAUCCACGACACUACGAAAGCCGACGGGCAGUUUAAGAAGACAGCUGCGAACACGAAGUUGCGGUCCUACAAGCCGGACUACAAAUUCAAACCGAUCGCGGAAGGCAUCAAAGAAGCUGUCGAUUGGUUUGUGGCCAACUACGACACUGCUAGAAAAUGA